AUGUCUUCAGAUACCUUCAGUCGCCAAGUUCCCAUCAACGGAACUAUUCAAUCUAAAGUCGCGCCCGGUAUCCAGACGAAUUUGUACUACAUAUUAGUUUCGAAUUUGCCAUGGCAAACUUCUUGGCAGCAGUUGAAGGACCACGUGCGGUCCGUAUGUGCGGUUGAGAGGGUUGAGGUAUUCAACGAAAGCACCUCUGGCUGGGUUUCGGUCUGGGGCCGAGAGAAUUACGACGCGGCUCUCCGUCUGCUUAAUGGAGGUGUCUUCAACGGACGAGCCCUGCUCGCGGAUGGCAAAAAUGCCACGGAAACCAUUAUGAUCAGGGAGCUCGUCAGCCCCUCCAACACCCCCGGUGCUUCAUCAAGGACUCCCCACACGCCGAGAUUCCAAACGCCUCCUUCGGCGCAGUAUUCAUCCGGCACAUCGCCAUUAAUGUCGCCAACUGCUACAGGAUACGGAGAGUGGGCUUCUCCCACAACGCCUUCGCCAUUUGCAGCCACUUCAACAAUGGAAUGCACGUCUUACACGAUGUCAGUCGCUACGCCAUAUGAUUUCCGUGAGAGACCCGGUUGUUAUACCUAUGACACCUAUGAUACAAAGAAGAGCAGCUACCUGGACAAAUCGGCAGCGAUUCCCUCCCCUACGAUGGUCCAACAUCCCUACGAGAGUGCCUACUCACAACAAUAUCGAAUAGGCGACUACAGCUUCUACAGCGGCAUACUCACUGCAGACCCUGCGGCGAAUGGCUCCUCCGAUACUAUAAUUCCUACGAGGCAACGCAAAAUUAUUAUAAAGCAGCUCCAGCCUUGGGCGACUCUCAACCAGGUACAGGAUCUCGUCCGAAAGAAAGCCGGGUCCGACGCUGAUAAAAUUCAGCACAUCGACCUACCGCUUUCAGAGAGUCAAGGAUUGAAUAGGGGUUACGCCCUCAUCACGUUUCAGAGUGAGGAAGUAGCCAGCAAACUCAUCCGAAGACUUAACGAUUACAAGUUCGAGGGUCGCUCACUGAGGGUCGACUAUACCAAGGAGGGCGUAUCGGAAAAUGAAACGGUACGCUCCCGGGCCUCUGGGCCGAAGGAGCGGCGAGAGGAUAAGGAAAGGAAGGAGAAGAAGGAGGGCCACCCCCGAGGAUCAAAUUCCAACGACAAGAGGGCCAAGUCCCACAAGUCAACUGUUGUCAUUGCCCACGGUUCCUCCUCAUCUUCGAAGAAGUCUGAUGCGAAGGAGAAGUCUAACAAGAGACACUAG